AUGAUGAGGCGGUACUUCGCCCUUUCCUGCUUUUUACUUCACGGGACGUUUGCCAACUUGAUUUCGCGCGCGACGAACGCGGAUGGAUCCACUCCGGUGUAUAAGAUCGCCACUGCGGCCGUUGAAGAUCGUGUCAAGGAUUUACUUCCUCGGAUGACGUUGGAGGAGAAGGUUGCCCAACUGAUACAAGGAGAUAUCAACGGAUGGAUGAACACGACGGAUCCUCUUGAUAACACACUUACGUUCAAUCAGACAGGGUUGGAAGAGAUGAUACGGCUGAAGGGGGGAUCAAUCUGGGCUGGAUACGCGAUGCCAUGGGAGAAAUUCGUGUUUGCUAUAGAGACAGGACAGAGAUACUUGAUGGAGAAUACGACCUUGGGUAUACCGGCUCUGUUCCAAAGCGAAGGGCUGCACGGUUUCACGAACAACGGAACGAUAUUCCCCUCACCGAUCGGUCUCGCUGCCAGUUUCAAUAGGGACCUCGUACAAAAUGUUUCCACAGUCGUCGCGAACGAGGCGGAGGGUUUCGGUAUCACGCAUAUUUUCGCGCCUGUCCUGGACCUGUCGCGUGAGCUACGCUGGGGCAGGGUCGAGGAGAACUUUGGCGAAGACCCGUACUUGACCGGAGAGAUCGGCUUAGCUUUCGUUCGCGGCCUGCAAGAUGGUACCCGUCGAGGAGUGGAGAGCGGACAAGGGCGGAAGAGAGUCGCUGCAACAUGUAAACAUUUUGCCGCGUUCGGAAGUCCGCAGGGCGGGUUAAACUUGGCGCCUGUGGCUGGAGGCGAACGAGAGUUGAGGACGACUUAUGAUGGCGUUCCAGCUAUUGCAGACAAGCAUAUGAUGACUGAUAUCCUACGAGAGGAAUGGGGCUAUCCCUACUGGGUCACGACAGACGCCGGGUCUGCCGACCUGUUGAUCACCCUGCACGGGACGUGUGAGACGAGAGAAUGCGCGGCAAAGACCACCUUAGAGAACAGUCUCAGUGGCGAGAUGGGCGGUGGUACCUACACCUAUUUGACUUUGGUCGACCAAGUCAAAGCAGGCCUCGUAGAUGAAUCUGUCAUUGAUCAGGUUGUUUCAACGUUGUUGCGAGUCAAGUUCGAACUUGGUCUGUUUGAGAAUCCAUAUCCUUAUGACGACUAUGCAUCAACUAUUCGCACUUCAGGCGCUCGUGAUGUUCUCCACCAGAGUGAACUAGAAUCAAUAGUUUUACUGGAAAACCACGACAAUGUACUUCCUUUGAGCACUGAUAUAGGCAGUGUUGCACUGAUUGGUCCCCAAGCUGGAGUCGUUACGUUCGGCGAUUAUGUAUUUUUCAACGCGUCCAACAACGGCAUAUCACCACUAACCGGCUUUCAAGAGUACCUUAGCAGCAUAUCCAGUGCAACACAGAUCAACUACGCUGAAGGAUGCAAACGGUGGUCGAACGACGAAUCUGGUUUCGAUGAAACUGUCAGUGCAGCGGAAGCAUCCGACGCAGCAGUAGUGAUGGUUGGUACAUGGUCCCUCGAUCAGACGCUGCUGUGGACGCCGGGAACGAACGCUACCACAGGCGAACAUGUCGACUUAUCGAAUCUUGCCCUCGUUGGUGCACAGCUCAAACUCGUCCAAGCUAUUAAGGCGACCGGGAAGCCAACUAUCGUUGUGUUUGUCAGCGGCAAGCCCGUAACUGAGCCAUGGAUCCAAGCACAUGCCGAUGCUGUGAUACAACAGUUCUAUCCCGGUGAGCUAGGUGGAUUAGCAAUCGCAGAGAUUAUCUUUGGCGCCGAGAAUCCUUCUGGUAAACUCCCGGUAUCAUUCCCGAGAGACGUCGGUACUGCCCCGGCUUUUUACAAUUAUCUCAAGGGCGCACGACCAGUCGACCCUGGAUCAGUUUUGGAUGACGGCACCUUGGUGUUUGGACAUCAGUACGUGCUCAAUAGUCCCGUGCCGCUGUGGGGUUUUGGGCAUGGCCUUAGCUAUGCGACAUUUAAUUACACAGAUCUGACGCUAUCACAGUCUAACAUUGGAACAGGCGAUGACUUUAAUGUGACGGUAACUGUUCAUAAUAACGGCGCUGUUGACGGCAAAGAAGUUGUACAGAUGUACAUUACAGAUACCUUCAGUUCGGUUGUCACUCCAAAUCAGCGGCUGGCCGGAUUCAGCAAGGUUGAUGUUCCCGCGGGAUCAUCACAAACGGUUACGAUUCCAAUAUCUUCCUCACAACUGGCGGUCUGGUCGUACAACGGCUGGGUUGUUGAGCCUGGAACCUUCAACGUGAAAAUAGGGACGAGUGAGGAAACGUAUAUCAACGCCACUCUAACCGUCCAGUAGGACAAAGAAAAACUAAUAUAGAAAACAACUUGAAUGCCAAUACGGCUGAGAUGCUAACAGCUCUAGUGAUUAUCGCGGAGGUCAUAAGAGCUAAAAACUGGUGGUAAUAUAUGCAAACCUUGGCUCAUUUUCUCUCGUGCGGAUGCUCAUCCGGUGGUGCAUCAAGGGAGUUUGUUGUAGUGGUCAGAAGGGUAGGUAAAUGCUGGCUACUAAGACGCCGGGGUCUGUAGGUCAGAGUUUUUCCUUGGUUCUUAAGCUUCUUACAUGACAUGGUAUACGCUGGUGGUAAAAGCGGGUCACAACUCUAUGCGG